AUGCCACAAGGAAGCAUUCAAUGGCAGGGGACGCAGAGAAGAGCCUGCGGACCUGGAGCUAACUGGAACGUACAGGUGGUGAGAGGCAAGGUGACAACACGGUGCUUGUGGCACGCCUGCAAAGCUCUCGGAAUUGGGCUGCUGCUAAUGCUUUUAGGAGCUUGCAUGGCGACUAUAGGAUAUUAUGCGGAUCAGCUAUCGGUGGCGCAGGAGACCAGAGGUAAUCUCACGAUAAAAGUGAAGAACGAAUCGCGCGGGUUUCAUCUGAAUAAUCUGAGUUACGCCGGUCCCAUCGUUAUGGGCGUAGGAGGCUUCAUUGUGGUAGCUGCUUGCGUAAUGACCUUCGAGGCUCGUGAUAGCGCCGCCAAGGUGGUGCCGGCUCGUUUCCGCUUCAGCCAGGCGUCGACAAUCAAAAGCUCAAAGAGCCAACGCAACAGAAGAUCAACAUCGAGUCAAACGACAAAAUGGGACCAUCAGCUGGGGCUUUUCAGGGUGAACCGCAGCCCGAGUCCCAGCACGCACGAGGUCUCCCGGAAACAGCUGACGGCGGAAUUCAUGCAAUUCUCGAAAGACAUGCGAGAGAAAGGAGUAACGCACUCCAUGAAGAAAAGUCCGAGCGCUCCGACGUUGAUCGACAAAAAGUCGCCGCGUCAAAAAUCGCCUAAAUACGCCGCUUGUUCGCUGUUAAAUCCGGAAUUGCUGCAGAGACACGCUCUCUCAGUCGACAAUCCGAGCUACAGCCCGCAUCAGAUAAGCAGGGAGAGUCUGGAGCAUCAGAAGAUGAACGGUAGCCAAGUCUCAAUGGCAAUGGAUUUACAUAUUCCGAACAAAGGUCCCGUUACGCUCAAAGUGAAGGACCGAUCCGAUACAGCGAGACGUCAUCAACUACUGCGUCAAACAAAAGUGGAGGAUGUCGAAGAAGUCGACGAAGUCGCGCGAGCACCGCCGACUUUCGUGCAUUCGCCUAAAUUGCCAGGUCCUUAUUGUAGAUAUCCAGACGACUUCGUGCCAAGGAAAAGAAACUCGAUAGACUUAAGACUGCUGGAGGAAUUGACGGCGGUGUCGAAAGAACUUGGUAAGGUCUCACCGCGAGACUUCCGAAAGAUCUCAUCACCCAACUUCCGUAAAAUGUCCUUCGACAGAAUUGGCGGUGAUCGUCGCUUCGAUAGAACGAUGGGACAUCGAAAGGCCAGUCUCGAAUUUCGAAGAAGCCCCGACUUCCGAAGAGGAGAUUAUAGGAAGCUCUCGAUAGACAGAUUCAGCGUCGACUGUACCCGAUAUAUGCUUGACGAGACGGAGAUGAAAUCGCGAACGAGCAGCGGGGAGAAUCUGCGAAGGCAGCCGCGUCAUCCUAAACUGCACCAUUCCCGAUCGGACGACAACAGGAGGCGAUCCUUUGACAGACAUCCGAAGGACCCUCAGUCGAGUCGACACUCCUUGAACACCCAAGCCGUCAUGGAGGGUUCCGGAUGUGAUUUCGAGCAGAAAUACUUUACAACAAUAUCUCUCGACACCGAAGAGAGCCGCGGCUACAACUCCGACGAAAGUCAUGUGGUGGACAUUGAGGACGCGAAUCUUGGCGCUGCGUCGUCCAACGGACCCACGGAGGCCGACAUGCUGCUCGAGGAACCGGAAUUGGAGAACGUCACGGAGAUCGACGUGGAGAGCUCCGGCGACGAUCUCGACGAGGACGAGAGAACAGACGCACAGAUGGCAUACGGACAAAGUCCAAUAAUCGUCACCGAGGUCUUGGACUCGCCGACGAUCGUCGACGAGGAGACGGUACGUGACUCUGGGCUGAUCGAUAACGAGAAAUACGGAGCAACUGUGUACAUAGAGGAUGACGAAGUGUGAAGAGUCAGAGGUGCUCUUCGGGAUUAACGCAACGCACCCAGCAUAUCCUGGGGAAAGUAACGGCGACGAAUUCGCGAAGCAAUUGGGAAUUGAUGGAGCUCGGCUUUGUUGAGAAUGUUCGUUCCGACGAAGGAUCAGCGCAACUGCUGUAGUCGUAGCCGGGCGAUUGUUUGUUGAACGCGGGACGCGAGACGUCGCGAAAUAUGCUCAACGAUAUAAGAUUUAACACGGCAUAAGUAAUAACGAAAUCACGUUCGAAUUGCGUUUUGUAACGAGACAAUCGUUUUCUAUCAGCGCCGUCUUUCGCGGGAAGGCGACGAGCGUAAUAACAUUUGCCACACCGAUGACAAAUAAUUGUUACCGACAAAUUUUGAGGUAGCGUGUAGACGGUAAUAGACCUAACGUAAGGUAGAAUUCGUUGAAAUGCAUUCGACUACACGUACCGAAGAGGUUUUUGUACUCGUAAUGCAAGACGCGACGUGACGUAAUGUAAUGUGGCACGUUCGCUUGUAAAUAUUUCAGAGGAACGUGUGGCACGAUUCAGAGUGAAUCUCAGGUUGUGAAAGUGACGUUAAAAUGCAGAGCGUCCUAGAAAGCGCGUGCUAAUUUUGUCAAAUUUCCCAGAUGCGAGAACAGAUUCACGAUUCGGAACGUUACUCUUCGUUGAGUAACAAGUGGAAUUUUAACGGAUUUUUAAUCUAUUAAAAACUAUCGAAGCGAGUUUAAGCGGCACAAAAUGCGCGAUAACUGGAGAGUUCUGCAUACUUUACGACAAAUAUACGAGGAUUGUGGUAAUGUUUUAAAGGAGUUCUAUGAGAAAUAUAUCAUGUGUCAAGAUCUCACUCGUACACCACCGAAAGUAUCUUUAAGACUCUUCUUGAAACCAAGUAUGAAACAUAUGUGGGAACUUGAACGUUUAUAAAUCUCAGGUCUCCUCCAACCUGUUGUUAACGCGUUUGCCGCGAAAUAUACGCGAAACUGCGGCCUAUAUCGUGCUUUCUCGUUAAGAGUUAGUCGACGAAAAAUCAUAGAUCGUGUAUAAAUUUGACGAGCGCGACGACCUCCGAGAAUCUCUCGGUACGUUCGGCUCGACUAACGAGAGAAAUGAAUUAUACAAAAUUUCUAGCAAAGUCAGACACUCUCUUCUCUACAAUGGCGUCGAGUGCAACAGUUAUUCAUAAUGAAGUGACGGCUUAGCCGCGCGUGUAAUAUAUUUUUAUAUCCACACAGCGAUAUAUGAUAGCUCGUAUAAUGUUGAUCAUAUAUAUUGACGAUCAAGAUCAAUAUCGACAAUGAUCGAGAUCGUUUUCGUUUUGACAAACGUCUGGUUUGAGGAAAAUGUACACCUGCCUUCUGAUAAACUGACUCGCCUGAAAGUGUGACGAUAAUGGUUAUCUUUGUUGCAAUCUAGCAAUCGAUAAAAUUAUUGUUCAGGACUUUAAUACGGUUGUGCAAAUUAUGAUUCGUACACUUGUCGAUUAGAUGAAGCAUACAGGCCAUCUCAAAAUCUCCACGACUUUAAUUUCAAUGUCGAAUUUCCUGAAGAAUCUAAGAUGCAUUAUUUCUUAAGAAUAAUUCUGAAAGAUAUCGUCACGUUUUCCGCAACUUCUUCUUCAUAUUUAUAAUCAGAUAUAUCUUCGUAAUUAUAUCUUUGAUCGUGAAAUUUCUGAAAUAUCUCUCUUUAUAACUAAGCUGAGGAAACAUUUUUAUCUUUAAAUUGGUCGAAUAAUCUUCAAUUAGAAUUAGAUGUUAGAAUUAAAGUCGAAGAGAUUGAGAGAUACGUAUAUCCAAGUCCUGUGACCGCUUAUAUAUAAUCAAUAGUCAAAUGUUGAGUGCGAAACGAUCAAUAUCUUUGCCCUACACUCGAUCUCAGUUGCUUUCUAACGUAGGAGAUAACGUGAAAGAAGUAACGUAACAAAAAAAAAAAUGCAAUCAUUAUAUGCAAUAUAUUGUUGAUAUAUCGUAAAUUAACGAAUUGGAGAUAUCGGUAGAUAUCGAGAUAGAUAUUGAUAUAAUAACAUCUUUCUCUUAAAAAACGAUCUGGUAUUUUUCUACCAGAAAUGUAAAAUUAGUAACACUAGCAAAUGUAUGAAAAAUUGUGAACGGAGAUUAAGGUCUUUCAUAAUUUUCUAACCCCUCGUUGAAGCGGCUCACGUGUCUGUUAGCUGCUGUUUUACAUAGUAAAGAAUGAUAAGUUGUGACUACGGUUAUCGUUCUGUAGAGGAUGUAAACCUGUGUGAAGUGCAUAACUAAUCAUUAACCGAGUAAACAUAAUCAAACUGUGAUCGAGGUAUAACUCAAUGAGAAGCAGUACUGCUAAGUAAUGUUUCUUGCAAAACUGCUCAUGGAUCAGCAGUGUUAUCUCAAGUCGAGAAGUAAAUAGGCAAAACGCGACUAAAGUAAGAUUUAUCAAAAUUGAUAAACAUAAAAGAAUGCCUCCUUAAAUAAAAGGAAACAAAUAAUUUGUUUUACUUCAGUUUCAUAUUUGUAACUUGGUCGAUAUGUUAAUGAAAAAGAUAUAGAAAUUGUUUUAGGAAUAUUUCACGGCGUACAAUCAAAUAUUAGAAAUACUUGAAUCUUUUUGAGGUAUUCAACGAUAUCGUUUGCAAUAUUGCAGCGUAUCUCUCUAAAGUUCAGAAUCUACCGCAUGAACUACGGUCGGUACUAAUUCUUGUAUAGUUAAUGAACAAGCCUGAACAAAUAAGCGUCGGUGUGAAAUUUUUAAAUCAAUGUAACCCUUGCAUGCUAAUUGUUGUAACAUAUCAAUAAAAAAAAAAGCAUUCCAGGACCAAUGA